AUGUUGUUGCCGCGAUUGAUUUUGUCGCUCCCUCUGAUCAGCAGUCGCGUGCGGGCCAACGCUGUCUCGGUAAACACGCCUGAAGACUACGAUGUACUGCAGUACAUUAAUCCACUGAUCGGCAGCGCCAACGGAGGAAAUGUCUUCGCGGGUGCCACACUGCCCUAUGGCAUGGCCAAGGCCGUUGCUGAUACCGACUCGGAAUCAAACCAGGGCGGCUUCGCCUACGAGGACAGCAAUAUCACUGGCUUUUCGAGCAUGCAUGACUCCGGUACUGGUGGCAGCCCCUCUCUCGGCAACUUUCCUCUCUUUCCUUACGCAAAAUGCAACGGCGACGAUCCAAACGGCUGUGUCUUUCCGAAGAAGGCUAGAAAGACUCCAUACAAACAUGAUUCGGUCAAGUCAAGCCCUGGCUAUUUCGGCAUCGAGCUAGCUUCCGGUGUCCGCGCGGAGAUGACUGCUGCUCAUCAUACUUCACUCUUUCGCUUUCAUUUCCCACCCAACCCCGAUAACAGCCCGCUGCUUCUAUUGGAUCUUUCAGAUCUGUCAGAUACGCGACAAGACAAUGCGACUAUCUCAAUCGACAAGUCGAGCGGGCGAAUGACAGGGAGUGCCAAAUUUCUUCCAAGCUUUGGCAGUGGAUCUUAUAAUCUGCACUUUUGUGCGGAUUUCCAGAGUUCCGGCUGGUUGCGCGAUAGUGGCAUCUUUGUCAAUACUCGCGCUAGCAAUGAUGUUCAUGAUCUCACAAUCUCGCGCAGUAUCAAUGGAUACCCUCUCCCGGGUGGUGGAUUUAUUCGCUUCCAAAACCCGCCCGAUGGAAUCGUCAAUGUUCGCGUCGGUGUUAGCUUCAUGAGCUCUGAACAGGCCUGCUCACACGCAGAGUCGGAGAUUCCAAACUUUAACUUCCAAACCACAAAGCAAGCUGCCAUUACCCAAUGGGAGGAGAAAAUGAAGCCUAUUCGUGUCUCGCGAGAAGGUGUCAAAUCGGAUGUUCUCACCAACUUCUACAGUGGAAUUUACCGUACGAUGGUAAACCCCCAGAACUAUACCGGCGAGAACCCUCUAUGGACAAGUUCGGAGCCGUACUUUGAUUCUUUUUACUGUCUUUGGGAUUCUUUCCGAUCGCAGAUUCCAUUUCUCACAAUCUUCGAUCCGAAUUCGGUCACUCAAAUGGUGCGUUCAUUGAUUGAUACACAGCGCCACCUCGGAUGGCUCCCGGACUGCCGGAUGUCCCUUUGCAAAGGUUUCACACAAGGUGGAUCCAACGCCGAUAAUAUCCUCGUCGAUGCCUAUGUCAAGGGACUGGACGACGAAAUUGAUUGGCAAGCCGGAUAUGCUGCUGUCCAAAAGGAUGCCGAGGUUGAGCCAUUCGAUUGGUCCAAUGAAGGUCGCGGAGGCUUAAAAAGCUGGAAGGAGGUCAAUUACAUCCCCGUGGAGGAUUUCGACCAUGAGGGUUUCGGCACCAUGACACGAAGUAUUUCCCGCACACUGGAGUACUCUUACAACGAUUUCGCCAUCGCCCAAAUGGCCCGAUCUAUGAACAAAACGGAAGAUGCCACGCGUUAUGAGAAUAACUCUCGAUUCUGGAAAAACCUUUUCAAAGAUGACCAGGCCUCAUAUUUGAACGGUACCGAUACAGGAUUCACCGGAUUCUUCCAGCCGAAGUACCACAACGGUACCUGGGGGUAUCAAGACCCACUCAGUUGUUCAAAUAUCGAUAACACUGGAAGUAUUUGCUCCCUUCAGAACACCGCUGGAGAAACAUUUGAAUCGAGCAUUUGGGAAUAUCAAUUCUUCGUUCCCCAUGAUAUGAAGACGCUUAUCAAGAUGCUUGGCGGCGAAGACAACUUUGUCCGGCGUCUGGAUUACCUACACGAUCGAAAUAUCACUUACAUCGGCAACGAGCCUGCUUUCCUUACAGUCUUCCAGUAUCAUUAUGCCGGCCGCCCAGCCAAAUCAACCGCACGCGUCCGUACCUACAUCCCAAACUACUUCUCUCCGACGCCAGCGGGACUUCCAGGCAACGAUGACUCCGGUGCCAUGGGCUCUUUCGUCGCGAUGUCUAUGAUGGGACUCUUCCCAAACCCCGGCCAGAGUGUUUAUCUGAUCACGGUUCCCUUCUUCAAUUCAGUCAAAAUAAAAUCGCCUCUUACGGGGAAGACGGCUACCGUGCAGGUCACGAAUUGGGAUCAAUUUAACUCACUCAACAAUACUGGGGGAACAGGCUUCAUUCAGUCGGCCUACCUCAACGGCAAACCUUAUACGCGCAGCUGGCUUGACCAUGAUUUCUUCACAGAGGGCAAAGACUUGGUUCUUACUUUGAGUGGACAGGAGAGCACAUGGGGAACGGCCCCCGAAGACCGGCCUCCGUCUCUAGAAGAGUCUGCGUCUGAAGUCCAAGAGCGCAGAUGGAAGGCAUCAGAUGAAGAAGCCACCGAUUCUGUGCCGCUACUAGGCUCGUCUAGAAAGCAUUACGCUAGACACAAUUUGCAUUUUGAACAUCAUGCUCGAUUUGCAAAGGACUGGUAG